AUGGUGGAACCUUUGAAUCUUAUGUUGAAAGAGAGGGAUCUUUUUGCUCCUCCAAGCCUCCAAGGAUUAGAGAUUCUUCUCAAUCAACUCUCUUCGCUUCGAGAAACCAUCGAAUUUCAAUCCGCGUCUGCUCUCUACAAUUUAUGCGCUGCUAAAUUCCCAGGUUGCUUAUCUCAAAUGCUUCUCAAACUUUAUCAAUCUUCUUCCAGUGGCAUCCUCAGAUCUAUCUCCUCUCCGAAACCCUCGCCGAAUUCAGCAACCGCGGCUUCAAACUCCCUCUCGUCGUGCUCAAGGACAUCAAGCCCCCUGUGA